CUCAGAUCUUUAUAUGAAUAGAAAAGAAUUGUCUUAUUUCAGUUCUUUACCACAUAAUUUACUCUUUUCUUUGAGAUUGUUUCAUGGAGCUUGUCUAACACACACAGACACCGGCACUCACUCGGACCCAAGCCAACUUUCUAGAAGCAGACCACAUAGUUGAGCAAUAAUGAUGACUUAAAGCUUUCUCAGCUGUAAACACGGACCCCUUUUGAUAGCGGAUUAUCAGAUAAAAGCUGGUUUGAUAGACGCUGAAAAUAAAGAAAGGGGGAGUGAGUGAGCAAUGUGCAGCUGUGUGCCAUUUGGGCUGAUGAUUCAGGACUUUUUCAUCUAUGGCCUGGAUCAGAAUCUUGGCAGUGUCUCAAAAGUGCCAAAUCCAGUGCAACAACAAAACUGUUGAUCCUACAAACCCAUGGCGGAGGUUUAUAAAGCGGGCAAGGCCGACCGUGCUUCAGUUAUCUCCCGAGGAAGGACUGGACCCCACAACCAGGAUGAGUAAGAUCAUAUUUUACGAGGAUAAGAACUUUCAGGGCCGCUCAUAUGAGUGUGAGAUCGAUUGCCCAGACACGCAGCCCCACUUCGCCCGCUGCAAUUCUAUCCGAGUGGACAGCGGAUGCUGGGUCCUGUACGAGAAACCCAAUUACACAGGAUACCAGUACGUACUGACCCGUGGAGAAUAUCCCGAAUACCAACACUGGAUGGGCUACAACGACUCAGUUCGUUCUUGUAGGACCUUCUCUUAUGACCGUGGGGGGCAGUACCGUAUACGCAUCUACGAGCGUCCUGACUUCCAGGGCCAGAUGAUGGAGUUCAGUGACGACUGCGAGUCGGUGCACGAGCGCUUCCGCCACAGGGACAUCUACUCCUGCAACGUGAUGGACGGCUACUGGACCCUGUACGAGCAUCCCAGCUAUAGGGGGCGCCAAUACUUCAUGCGUCCCGGCGAGUACAGGAAGUUCAGCGACUGGGGUGCAGUGUGUGCCACCACCGGCUCCUUCCGCAGGAUAACCGAGUUUUAAAGGACCAAUGGUCUUUCUGUCCAUGUAAUAAAGUUAACAAUUAAAUAAAAGAGUACAAAUAAAGCACCAUGACCUGUUUAUAUUUGUCCAUGAAAAACAGACGUCCAGUUCAUUUGGUGGUUCUGUGCUUUUCACAGACUCAAGGUAAAUUAUAAAAGAAUGGUUAUAUCAAAUAAAUAU